AUGGGAGUGAGAAGGGUUGCAAUUGGAAAGAAUGUGAUAGAUAGAUCAAGGUUUGUUAUCUGCAAUUGCCAACAGGCUGAAAGUGUGAAUGGAGUUAGUGCAGAUAGUGGAAAUGGGACAUGGUAUGUGGACAACGCACAGAAAUUGACAACAACUAAUGGCAUGGUGAAUUAUCCUAACAUUCUAGACCUUGAGGAGGAAGUCUUUACAUCCAAUGGUAACUCUUCUCGAGUUGAAACAGUCAGAGAUACAUAUGACAAGAUUAAUAGUUUUGACUCUAUUGAGAAUGAAGCAUGGGAACUGCUGAGGGAAUCUGUGGUUUAUUAUUGUGGUAGUCCUAUUGGAACAAUUGCUGCCAAGGAUCCAACCAGUUCAAAUGUUCUGAAUUAUGAUCAAGUCUUUAUUCGUGACUUUAUACCUUCUGCAAUAGCUUUCUUAUUGAAGGGAGAGUAUGAUAUUGUUCGCAACUUCAUCCUUCACACGUUACAGCUGCAGAGCUGGGAGAAAACUAUGGACUGUCAUAGUCCAGGUCAAGGAUUGAUGCCUGCAAGUUUCAAGGUGCGCACUGUUCCCUUGGAUGGUGAUGACUCAGCAACAGAGGAGAUAUUGGAUCCUGACUUUGGAGAGGCAGCAAUUGGUCGAGUUGCACCAGUUGAUUCUGGACUUUGGUGGAUUAUACUGUUACGUGCAUAUGGAAAAUGCUCUGGAGAUCUCUCAGUUCAGGAGAGAGUUGAUGUCCAAACUGGAAUUAAGAUGAUUCUGAGGCUGUGUCUUGCUGAUGGUUUUGAUAUGUUUCCAACAUUAUUAGUGACUGAUGGUUCUUGUAUGAUAGAUCGUCGGAUGGAAUUCACGGCACUUUUUUAUUCAGCACUACUUGGUGCUCGUGAGAUGCUUACUCCAGAGGAUGGAUCUGCUGACCUAAUUCGAGCACUAAAUAAUCGUCUUGUGGCAUUAUCAUUCCACAUCAGAGAGUACUACUGGAUUGAUAUGAAAAAACUCAAUGAGAUCUACCGUUACAAGACAGAGGAGUACUCAUAUGAUGCUGUAAAUAAGUUCAACAUCUACCCAGAUCAGAUUUCUCCCUGGCUAGUUGAGUGGAUGCCUAGUAAAGGAGGUUAUCUAAUUGGCAAUUUGCAACCUGCUCACAUGGAUUUCCGUUUCUUUUCUCUCGGAAAUUUAUGGUCUGUGGUAAGUGGUCUUGCAACAGUGGAGCAAUCACAUGCAAUAUUGGAUCUCAUUGAAGCCAAAUGGUGGGAUUUGGUGGCUGAUAUGCCAUUCAAGAUAUGUUAUCCUGCUCUUGAAGGUCUGGAAUGGCAGAUUAUUACUGGCAGCGAUCCAAAGAACACUCCAUGGUCCUACCACAAUGGAGGUGCCUGGCCAACACUACUAUGGCAGCUCACUGUCGCAUGCAUUAAGAUGAAUAGACCAGAAAUUGCAGCUAAAGCUGUUGCAGUUGCAGAGAGGUGCAUAUCAAGGGACCAGUGGCCUGAAUAUUAUGACACCAAAGAGCCAGGUUCAUCGGAAAACAAUCACACCUGUUCCAAACCUGCAAAAAUGCUGAUUACUGAUGAAGAUUCUGAGCUUGUCAAUGCAUUUUCAUGCAUGAUUAGUGCCAACCCUAGAAGAAAACGGGGUCCUAAGAAGUCAAAUCAAACCUAUAUAGGGAAGAGCUGGUUCUUCUCACUCUCGCCUUUUCAGCUCUUCAUAUCUUUCAGAGUUCUGGGUAAGGCAACAGAGAAGUUCCUCGGAACCUCUGCAAGUUCAACUUCUUAA